AUGGAUACCAAGCUUCGCGCGAGAGAUCUUGGUCACUCCAGCUGGCGUCCUGCUGAGGUAGUGAAGCUGCCUUCCGAUGGAGGUUGUGAACGCCUUCAGCACUACGAACAGCUCCUCGGUCUGCUCAUAGGCGUUCUUGAUAUCAAGACAGAUGCUACCAAGGCAACGUUUGCGAUGAGACCCUGGAAGUACAAGAUCGAGGGCAGAUUGGAUCUUACUCUGGGGAGAUCACUUAGCAAGGCUCGGUCUGAGCUCCACUUUCACCGCCGCCCCUCCAGAUCUCAUCGUAAAGCUCCUGAGCAAGUCUCACGAUGUGGCAGGUCUGACCUGAGUAGUUAUAGGAAGACUGCCCAACAAGAGCUCACGGCAGCUGCCGACUUCUACCGUCACGUCUGCCGCAGGACCGGCGACACCAGCAAGCGAGACAUCGUCAACGUCAUUCCCACGCCUACAUUCGCGCAUCUUGCCGCGCAUACCGUGCACGCCCGCGCACCACCGAAGACAUCUACCAAGAUGGCGUCCCCGCCGAUAAACACGCUCACGAUGCCGCCGCGCUUCAACGUCGAACUUGAUCGUACCGAUGCCGGCGUGCCCUUCCGCGCGUCGCAGUCGCACAUCCACCACACAUGGGCGCGCACCUUCCACGCUCGACCGGAGCUGUACAUCCGGCCCCAGUCGCUGGAGGAGAUCCAGAAGGUCGUCACCCUUGCCCGUCGCAUGCGCCGCCGCGUCGUCACGGUCGGAUGCGGACAUUCGCCGUCAGACCUCACCUGUACGUCGGCAUGGAUGGUCAACCUCGACGACUACAAGGAAGUGUUGAAGGUGGACAAGGAGCGCAAUACCAUGACGGUACAAGCCGGUAUCCGCAUGCACAGCCUGAACGAGCAGGCGAAGGAGCACGGCCUCACCAUGCCGAACUUAGGCAGCAUCGAUGUGCAGAGUCUCGCAGGCGCAAUCGCCACAGCGACACACGGCAGCUCUAUGCAGCACGGCCUGCUGUCUGACAGCGUGCGUAGUCUGCGCAUUGUCCUUGCGAACGGCCAGGCGGUGCGCUGCUCUGCCACACAGUCGCCGGAUCUGUUCCGCGCAGCACUCGUCUCGCUUGGUGGCAUUGGUAUCAUCGUGGAGAUUGAAUUCGAACUGGUCCCGCAGACGGAUAUUGAGUGGGUCCAGACCAUUCGUCCCAUCGAAGACGUACUCACAGACUGGAACAACGGCCUCUGGACUUCGAAUGAGUUUGUACGCGUGUGGUGGCUGCCUUACAUGAAGCGUGCCAUUGUCUGGCGCGCCUCGACUACGAAAAAGGAACACGUCAAACCCCAAUACAACUGGUACGGCGGCAGCGUCGGCUUCCACACCUACCACAUCCUGCUCUGGAUCAGUCAAUACGUCCCUCGCUUUCUGCCAUGGGUAGAGUGGUUUGUCUUCGGCAUGCAAUACGGCUUCAAAGACGGCGCCAUCAUUUCCGCAGUCGAAGAACAACGCAACGGUCUUCUCAUGAAUUGCCUGUACUCACAGUUCGUCAACGAAUGGUCUAUUCCCCUUCAGCACGGCCCCGAAGCCCUCACACGGCUCACAAACUGGCUGCACGGCGACGAAGUCUCUUCCGGCAUCCCCUUCACCUCCAAGGGCCUGUACGUGCACUCACCCAUCGAAGUCCGCGUCGCCAACACCACCAAACGCACCUCCCCGCGCCCCUUCCUCGACACCACCUGCGAAGACUCACCCAGCCUGUACCUGAAUGCCACGCUCUACCGUCCCUACAACCAAGAUCCGCCCUGCCGCGAGCGCUACUACCAAGCCUUCGAGCACCUGAUGAAAGAAUACAACGGUCGCCCCCACUGGGCCAAGAACUUCCAGUCCGUCGACCACACCUACCUCUCGCAAGCGUAUGGUAACGAUCUGAGCGAGUGGACCCGUAUCCGCAAUGAAGUUGAUCCCGAGGGCAUGUUUCUUGGCGCGUGGCACCGCCGCACAUUACUGCCGAGUAAGACAGAGAUGCCUCUCUUCCCGCUCGAGGAGAAGGAGGUUGUGCGCCGCGACCGUCGCACCGGUGGUCAGGACUGGAUUGGCGAGCAGGCGCGAUGGUGGGACGGAGGAGUCGACGUUUUUGAGAAGAUGAACCCUGAUUCUGAGGACCACAGUGAAAGCGGCGAGUCGUUUGAUUUGAUGGCUGGUGCUGAGGCGGAGAGCUCGGUGCUGCUGGAGAGUCUGAGGGAUGAGAUGACGGAGACGGAGAUCCAUGAAAGGAGCAGUUAUACCGAGACGACUACUCUGCUCGAGAGCAUGGGUGAGUUCGUGCGCAAGGGUGAGAGCUUGACAGAAGAGAAGCAAGAGGUUGAACACUUCGUGAAAGAAGGCGAUGAUGGGAGUGGCAACUUCAACAAGAUGUGA